AUGUCCAGCGACUACAUCGCCUAUCAAGGCGAGGAGACGAGCGACAAGGAGAAGAAGUGGUUCUUCGUCAACAAGACGGGCUCCAUGUGGGGCGGCGACGCCGUCAUCGAGAUCGAGAACUUCGUGCGGGGCGGCAACCCGGAGAAGCCGAACCAGGGCGAGAUCUCCUACCGCUGCGCCUUCGACAGUUCGCCGAACUUCCAGAAGCACUUCAAGGCGCCGUCGUCCGAGUUCUCGCGCUUCGUCGCGUUCUUCAGCAACGGCCAGGUGGACCUAGAUGGAGAGGAGCCCGAGGACGCCAUCUACUUCGAGCGCGGCGGCUGGGGCAUGAACGACGGCGGGAACCGGCGGGUCAUGAAGUGGAAGAUGGAGACGUCGGCGACGAUCCGGCCGAUGGGCGGCCGCGGCGUCGCGUUCGGCGACCUCCUGCUCCACGUCUUCGCGCGCGGCACGUCCAUCGCGGACUACGACUACCACCCGCCGUGCGAGGAGGACCCCAGCGGCCACUGGUCCAAGCAGGAGAAGGAGUACGUCGACCAGCUCUGCUACCAGGUCGUCCAGCGGAGCACGGGCACGGUCAUGGCCAUGUGGGGCGUCCCCGGCGACUUGAUGACGGGCGGCGAGGACGUCGUCCAGCAGAACAACAUGUUCCAGAUGCACAUGCGCGGCGGCUGGUUCUCGAGCGAGCCGCUGAUCAAGACCGCGCCGGGGCCCGACCCGCUCCUCGCGCUCAUGGCGCCGCCGGAGCCGCUGCCCGCGCGGCGCAAGAGCGCCUUCGACGGCCCGACGCCGGCGCCCGGCGACCGGCUCGCGGCGCACUCCCUGGACCGCGUCGCCAAGGCGGAGCAGCUGCGGAUCCACGUCGCCGCGCUGAUGGCGCGCGUCGAGGGCAAGGAGGCGGAGAACGCGCGCGCGGCGUGCGCGGCGCUGAAACGCGUCCACCUCUUCCACCCGCCCGACGGGACGAACCCCGAGGACGGCGCCUUCGCCUUGUUCGGCGGGCUCGAGCUCCCGAAACGGUCGCGCGACAAGAUCUGCGGCGCGGGCGAUCUGUGCGGGGCCCUGCGGCUCCUGCGCGAGGAGGUCGAGGAGGCGCAGAGGCCCCUGCCGCUGCCCGGCGACCCGCGGCGCCGCGCGUCCCUCGCGACGCGCACGGCGGCGAAGCGCGACUUCGACGAGGGCACGAAGCGCUUCGAGGCGGCGCGCGACGCGGACCUCGAAAGGCUCAGGGAGGCGGAGCUCGGCUGCGCGCGGCUCCGGCGCGAGGGGCGCCAACAAUUGCGGGAUCUGCGGUUGGCGGAGACGCGCGUCGUGCGCGCGCGGGAGAAGAAGCGGCUCAUGGACGUCACGGAGAUCCGCGACGCGGACGCGUUCGGCUGGUUCCAGGCGCAAAAGUGCGCCGAGGCGCACCUGCGCCGGCGCGACCAGCGCGAGCGCGGCUUCCAGCACGAGUUACAGGAGGCCAUGGAGCGCGCCGACGCGCUCGAGCUCCGCAUGGACGCGCUCUGCGACGAGCGCCACGACGCGGCGUUCCGCGACGCGCUCGCGAGCCUCGUCGAGGCGACGGUCGACCCGAAAGGCCUCGGCGCCGUCGCGGCCGCGGAGCUCGCCGACGCGACGCGGGCCCUGGGCGCCGCGGCGGUCGCGCGGCGCGAGUCGCGGCGCGACUGCGCGAAAGUCGAGGCCGAGCUCGCGGCCGUGAAGGAGGAGGACCUGCGGGUCGCCAAGGCGCACCACGACGCCGCGGAUCUCGAGGCGCGCGUCCUCGCGCGGGAGCGCCAGCUGAGCCGCGAGCGCAUGGCGCGGUUCCGCGCGAAGGAGCGCGAGGACCACGCGCUCUUCGCGCAGUUCGAAUUCGAGCUCCGCUGCGAGUGCGAGAAAUUCGACCGCAUGUACGAGCAGCUCCGCGCGGACGCAAAGAUGGUCAAGGUCCGCGCCAAGGACGCCGCGGGGGGCGGCCUCGCGGGCGCGGAGGCGCGGCGGCUCCACGCGCUCCGCGGCGGCGGCGCGCCGGGGGACACGUCCGUGCUCUGCAGCAAGCUCGGCGUGCCCAUCCCCCUCGCCCAGCUCGCCGAGCUCGACCGCAAGCGCGAGCUCGAGCGCAAGCUCCGGGCCAUCGUGCCGGGGCCCGACGACCCGAAGACGAAGCAGAAGGAGGCGGACCACGCCGCGGCGCUGAAGAGCGCGUUCUCGGCGACGGACGCCGUCGUCAAGCGCCUCCGCGCGUCCCUCGUGGACCGCAUGGAGGCCACGGACGUCGACCGCGUCGAGCUCGACCGGCUGCACGUGGGGGGCGAGGGGCACUAA